AUGUCCUUGCUACUCCUCUAUGUAGGUUAUGGAUUCGCAUUAGGAUUGCUUCUAUUUGUGGCAAUACUUUUUGUGAUCAGAGCAACUGCAUCCUUAUCAGACAAAACAAGGUUGCAGUUAGACUUCCAUGAUGCAGCACUAGACAAGAAGAUACCCUUUCCUUCAAUAGAGAACUCUCCAACACUAGACUUGACAAUAGUGAUACCAGCUUACAAUGAAAGUAAAAGACUACCUGUGUUCCUUGAUGUGUUGUUUCCCUACUUAGACACUGUGGAUUAUAGUUACGAAAUUAUAGUUGUUGAUGAUGGAAGUAAAGACAGUACGGUCGAAGUUGUACAUUGUUAUUCAAUUAAACAUGGGAGUGAUGUCAUCAGGUGUAUGAAGCUUCCUGCUAAUAGAGGAAAAGGAGGAGCAGUUAGACAAGGAGUGCUGAGUUCACGUGGUAAAGAGAUCCUGUUUGCUGAUGCUGACGGUGCUACGGACAUUAACGAUCUUGGAAAAGUCAGGGCAAGUCUGAAGAAUCUUCUGGAAACCUCUAAAUCGAGGUAUGCGCGCGUCAUAUUCCCUCAGAUGAAUAUCGAGCGCUGGGCAUUUGAUGUGGAGAUAUUUGUGAUAGCCAAUAUUCUGGGUAUAAAAGCUACUGAGGUGGCAGUAAAUUGGGAAGAAAUUGAUGGAUCUAAAAUAGUACCUAUUUACAGAGAAGCUUUAUGGCCUGAUCAGAGUAUCCUGCUUAUAAAGAAACGUUUGCGGAGUGAGAUGAAAUUUAGCGAUAACAAACAGAAGAAGUAG